CACACCAACAACAUUGCACAUAAUCAUCAUCCAUCGUCUUUAAACGCUAACAAUUACAUCAUAUUCUCACCGACGUAUCUUAACACUCUUUUUUAGCCACACGUUGAUCAAACUAUUUGUUAUAUUAUUCGUUUGUGUGCAGUGUUUUUAAUCGUCUCGCUAACUUUGAGUCUGUGCUCUUCCGCAGCGUUCAGUCCGCUGACUCGGCAUCAUGCCUCGCAAGAUUGAAGAAAUCAAAGAUUUCCUGCUGACGGCCAGGAGGAAGGAUGCCAAGUCCGUGAAGAUCAAGAAGAACAAGGACAACGUAAAGUUCAAGGUGCGCUGCAGCAGGUACCUGUACACCCUGGUCAUCACUGACAAGGAGAAGGCAGAGAAGCUCAAGCAGUCACUUCCUCCAGGUCUGGCUGUCAAGGAGCUGAAGUAAACUUGCCAUGUAAAGAGAAUUGUAAUAAAAAUUGGAAAACAA